AAGUUGCAGUUUUGCAUUUUUUGUACAUUUUCAGUUAAACGUGCGCCAAAUAUGGCAAACUCCACACAGGUUAUCAAGCUGGAGGACUCCAAUGAGGAGAACCAGCCAGAAAUAUUUGAAAUAAAAGAUGAAGAUGAUAUUUGUGAGCUGGAGCAUUUGCGUAAGCUGUUCAUUGGCGGCCUGGCACCCUACACCACUGAAGAGGGCCUCAAAGUCUUCUACUCGCAAUGGGGCAAAGUGGUCGAUGUUGUUGUGAUGCGAGACGCCGCCACCAAACGUUCGCGUGGCUUCGGCUUUAUUACCUACACAAAGUCCGCUAUGGUUGAUACUGCGCAAGAGAAUCGUCCGCAUAUCAUCGACGGCAAAACUGUGGAGGCCAAAAGAGCGUUGCCACGCCCGGAGCGCGAAACACGCGAAACAAAUAUCUCGGUGAAAAAGUUAUUUGUCGGCGGACUGAAGGACAAUCACGAUGAGGACUGUUUGCGUGAAUACUUUCUGCAAUUUGGCAAUGUGGUGUCUGUUAAAUUACUAACAGACAAGACCACAGGCAAGCGACGAGGCUUCGCUUUCAUUGAGUUCGAUGAUUACGAUGCCGUGGACAAAGCAAUACUUCAGCGACAACAUUCAAUCAAAUACGUGCUCGUCGAUGUCAAGAAGUCCAUCUACAAUCUGGAAAAGAAAGACCGUUUGCCCCAAGGCCCCGCGGCCAAUGGCAACAAGCUGCAACAGCAGCAGCAUCAGCAACAACAACAGCAACAGCCGCCCAAGGCAAAUAUGCCACCCAACGGUGGCUACCGUCCCCCAGUGCCUCCACCGCAGCAAAUGCCGCCGUAUCAGCAUCAACCGCCGCCGCCGCCAAUGUCGGCGCCGCCACCAAACUACAACUAUUGGGGCCCCCCGCCACCCAUGCAACCGUAUUAUCAGCAGCCGCCGCCACCGCAAAUGAACGCUUGGAAUGCCUAUCCUCCUGCCCAGAACGGGUGGAAUGCACCGCCGCCACCACCGCCAGGCGCACAGCAAUGGCAUGCUCAACAAUGGGGCGGACCACCAGCGGUCCAGCCACCCACACCUGGUGUGCCGCCGGUGAAUCAUCAUCGCAGUGGUCCGCCACCGCCUGCAGUGGGUAAUUGGAAUAUGCCAGCUGCAGCGGCACCUCCAGUGCCCGGCUCCAUGCCACUGACGCAGGGUCCGCCGCCGCAUCAACAGCCACCGCCGCCACAGCAGCAGCAGGCGGCGCCACCCAACUUUGGCAGUGGCUAUCAGCAGAACUAUGGCGGUGGACCGACCAAGCAUAACAACAUGAAUGGCAACCGCAUGAAUCCUUAUACCGCAGCACCGCCCAGCAACUAUCAUAAUGCACAGCCACCAGCGCCUGGCUAUGCGCCAUACAAUGCAGCUGCUCCGCCACCAAGUGGCAAUGGUCCGACCUCGGGUCCAGUGCCUAAGAACGUGUCCAACGGUUCGGUGGCAACAGGCGCGAGCGCCAAUAGCAAAUAUCGUCGUUAGAUUAUUGGGUUUUGUUUCAUUUUGGGUAAGUAAAGCCAAGAGGCUGAUCAACUGAUCCUGAUUUUCUCCCGCCUGAUUUCGCCAUACGUCAUUGUUGUGGUACGUUUCAUGUGUAGUACAAUUAAAGCAAUGCUUAAGGUACCAGAUACUGACUUUUAUGGUUCCUCUAUCUAUCUAUCUAUUACUAUACACACGCAAAUAUCUAUGUCAAUAAGUAUUGCGAAAGUACUAAUCUUUUAUAAUUCUCUUUAAUUUAGAUGCCUUUUUGUGUGUGCCUUAAGUGCAGCACAAAAGCUCAGAAACAGAUACAUGAUACAAGAUACAAAUUACAAGAUACAGUUACUGUUACUAAAAAAAAAAAAACAAAAUAGGCUUGCUAUAAGCUAGGACACACACUCGCUUAGUAACUUAAACUUAAACUAAACAAUACGAAAAGAAACAAUACAAGAAAAGGAUCUAUCUAUAUAUUAACAGCGUUGUCUCUCUAUCUAUUUAUCUAACUGAGACUAGGACAACUAACUACAGUUUUUAAACACUUUUUUAAGCUCUCAUGUUAUUUAUUAAAUGAUUGAUACCCAAUCUAUGCAUAUAUAUGUAUGAAUUAUAUUAUAAGACACCAAAUAUUUGAUAACAAAAGAAAGUAUUUAUAAGAUCUACAAUUAUCUAUUACUUUAUUUUUUGCCCGAGACUACAACUGAAAGUUGUAGCCGUGAAUUACGUUACACAAAACACACACAUUUAAUUUAGAGAUUAACUUGCCAUGCCUUUCUUUUUUUUUAAACACCAUUUGGCUUUAUUUCAAUACAAUACAAUUACAUAUAUACUAUUACUACUAUUGUAAACUUAUGGAAAUUAGUGCUCUCUCUCUAUUCCCCUCCACCUUACUCUCUUCCCAUUAUAUUAUGUAUUAUAAUGUUUAAGUAUGCCUCUAAAAUGUAACUCAGUCUAUAAAUUGAAAUCAAAGCAAAUCAAAUGAAGCAAAACCCGAUCCAAACAGUGCGAGGCUCAUCAACAAAAUGCCACUCGUAUUUUUGUAAACAAAUUAACAAACAAAAAAAAAAAACAAAGCUAAAAUGAAAGCAAUACAAAAGAAUUAGCAUUAGCAGCUAAAAGACACGUUUCACACUCAGCUUUAGCCAGAGCUUAUUCUAUAGUAUUUUAGUUAUUAGAAGCCUUAAAAUAAACUCGAAUCGGGAUCAACUUCGAGCAAAACAAAAAGAAAAA